AUGACUACCUCUCAAUAUGAGCCCAGGACUGCGAUCGUCCGUGAUCUUCGCAAACUCAUCUUCGCCGUUCCUGGAAGAGUCUCAGCAUUUAGAAACGCUAUCAAAUCAGCUCGCCUGAAGGAUGGUGGCGGACAGGACGAUAUGAACCGAGAGUUGAUAUACGAUCUGGAUGGCUACCUGCGCUUCUGUGACGACCUUCUGGAAUGGGCACCCGAUGUUUCCAGCCCUGGAGAUGAGCUUCUCCGAAAGCUCCUUGUAUUCUACUGGGUUAUGGAUCAGCCAACUACGAGAGGUCUCCAAACACCCAUUCUCCCGUCUACCGCCGGCGCGGAGCUGACUCCGCUUUCCAGCUGGCUGGUGAAUUAUGCCCGCGAAAUUGGACAUUGGAUGGACACGAAGGAGUCUGCCGAUCAUACCGACUCCUUUUAUAACAACCCACUCUACAACCAGGAAGCUUAUUUGUGGGAAGAUCCACCUGAAGGUGGAUGGAAGUCGUUUAACCAAUUCUUUGCCCGUCGCUGGAAGGACAUAAACGUUGCUCGCCCACUUGACGGGGACGGAGAUGACACAAUCAUUGUCCAUGGGGCUGAUUCCAAGUUCGGUGGCAGCUGGGACAUUACUGGUGGAUUUGUGACUCUUGAUCCCAGCCCUAUUGUCGCCAAAGGAAUUGAGUGGCCCAUUGACGAGCUACUUCAGUGGAUUGGGAAGGACUUCAAUGACGGAAGCUUGAUGCAUGCGUUCUUGUCUCCGCACGAUUAUCACCGCCAGCAUGCCCCCGUGAGCGGCAAAGUUGUCGAAGUCAAGAAUAUCCAGGAUCAAGUCUUCCUUCAAGUCACGAAGGGCAAGGACGGAAAGAAACUUGCUCCGGAUAGAGGCCUUGUCCGUCACCCAGAAGAGGCUUCUCGACGUCAUGCCAAGAAGAACAAGCAACUUGAACAACUUGAUGCUCCAGACGAUGCGGGCUAUCAGUGGUGUCAGACUCGCGGCCUAAUCAUUAUCGAGACUGACAACCAUGGCAAGGUCGCCGUGCUGCCUAUUGGGAUGGCUCAAGUGUCUUCCGUCGUCAUGAAGGUAGAAAAGAACCAGUGUGUAAAGAAGGGCGAUGAAAUCUCGUACUUCCAAUGGGGAGGCUCCGAUAUUGUCAUCGUCUUCCAAGAAAAGGUGAAGUAUCGAUCCGAUCUUGAGGUCAAUGAAACGAAAAUCAAUGUGAGAUCGCAACUGGCUACCUUCCAGUAGGCUCCACAGCAAUAAGCCGGGAUGAGCAUGAUGAGCCCCAGCUCUAUUUUGCAAGGAGACUCUGUUGAUUGAUAACUUGAAACCUUAAUCCAGGCCUAUUUAUUACAGUGUAAUGGAGGCUUUCGUUUCUUGUGCGGGCUUGAAAAUGGU